AUGAAGUUUCUCUCGCUUCUUCUGCUGGCGGGCGUCGCCCAAGCGAUUGUUCCUCCUCGCGAACCUCGCCCACCAACCGGUGGCGGGAACAAGCUGUUGACCUACAAGGAGUGUGUCCCCAGAGCUACCCUCUCUCCAAGGUCAACGUCCCUUGCCUGGAUCAACAGCGAUGAAGAUGGCCAGUACGUCUCCCAGUCUGAUGACGGUGCAUUGAUCCUCCAGAACGUCGUCACAAACACCAACAAGACUCUCGUGGCUGCGGACAAGGUGCCCAAGGGUUACUAUGACUACUGGUUCAAGCCGGAUCUUUCUGCUGUCCUGUGGGCAACCAACUACACCAAACAGUACCGCCAUUCUUACUUUGCCAACUACUUCAUUCUGGAUAUCGAGAAGGGAUCUUUGACUCCCUUAGCUGAGGACCAGGCUGGUGAUAUCCAGUACGCUGAAUGGAACCCCGUGGGCAACUCCAUCGCCUACGUUCGCGGAAAUGACCUAUAUAUCUGGAACAACGGCAAGACCAAGCGUAUUACCGAAAAUGGCAGCGCAGACAUCUUCAAUGGUGUCCCUGACUGGGUAUACGAGGAGGAAAUCUUCGGAGACCGGUUCGCUUUAUGGUUCUCGCCUGACGGUGAAUACCUUGCGUACCUCCGCUUCAACGAGACCGGAGUUCCAACCUACACCGUGCCAUACUACAAAAACAAGCAAAAGAUUGCCCCUCCUUACCCAAAAGAACUUGAGAUCCGCUACCCUAAGGUCUCCGCAAAGAACCCAACCGUGCAAUUCCACUUGCUUAACAUUGCCUCUUCUGAGGAGACCAAUGUUCCGGUUACUGCCUUCCCAGAAGACGACCUUGUCAUUGGUGAGGUUUCCUGGCUCAGCAGUGGCCACGAUACCGUUGCCUACCGCGCUUUUAACCGUGUUCAAGAUAGAGAAAAGAUUGUCAGCGUCAAGGUCGGGUCUAAGGAGUCUAAGGUCAUUCGCGAAAGAGAUGGUACCGAUGGCUGGAUCGACAACCUUUUGUCCAUGUCAUAUAUUGGAAAGGUUAACGGCAAGGAGUCCUACGUCGAUAUCUCUGACGCUUCUGGAUGGGCUCACCUAUACCUCUACCCCGUUGAUGGAGGAAAGGAAACUGCGUUGACCAAGGGAGAAUGGGAAGUCGAAGCCCUUCUCAAGGUUGACACAAAGAAAAAGUUGAUCUACUUCACCUCCACCAAAUUCCACAGCACCACCAGACACGUCUACUCCGUCUCGUAUGACACCAAGGUCAUGACCCCUCUCGUCAACGACAAGGAGGCUGCGUACUACACCGCAUCCUUCUCAGCCAAGGGUGGCUACUAUAUUCUGUCCUACCGAGGACCCAACGUUCCAUACCAAGAACUCUUCUCCACCAAGGACACCAAGAAGCCUCUCAAGACCAUCACUAGCAAUGAUGCACUGAUCGAGAAACUCAAGGAGUACAAACUUCCAAAGGUUAGCUUCUUUGAGAUCAAGCUUCCAUCGGGCGAAACCCUCAAUGUUAAGCAACGCCUGCCACCAAACUUCAACCCCCACAAGAAGUACCCAGUCCUAUUCACUCCGUACGGUGGCCCCGGUGCCCAGGAAGUCAGUCAGGCAUGGAAUGCAUUGGACUUCAAGUCUUACAUCACCUCUGAUCCAGAGCUCGAGUACGUUACCUGGACUGUCGACAACCGCGGAACUGGUUUCAAGGGCCGCAAGUUCCGCAGUGCCGUGGCUAAGCGUCUCGGCUUCCUCGAAGCUCAAGACCAGGUCUUUGCCGCCAAGGAGAUCCUGAAAAACCGUUGGGCCGAUAAGGACCAUAUUGGAAUGUGGGGAUGGAGCUACGGUGGUUUCUUGACUGCUAAGACCCUGGAGACCGACAGCGGUGCCUUCACUUUCGGCAUCAGCACUGCUCCCGUCUCUGACUUCAGACUUUACGACAGCAUGUACACUGAGCGUUACAUGAAGACCGUCGAGCUAAACGCCGACGGUUACAGCGAGACGGCCGUGCACAAGACUGAUGGCUUUAAGAACCUGCAAGGCCAUUAUCUCAUUCAACAUGGAACCGGUGAUGACAACGUCCACUUCCAGAACGCUGCUAUCCUUUCCAACACCCUCAUGAAUGGCGGCGUUACCGCUGAAAAGAUGACUACCCAGUGGUUCACCGACUCGGACCAUGGCGUCAGGUACGAUAACGAUUCUACUUUCCAGUACAAGCAGCUUGCCAAAAUGGUCUACGACCAGAAGCAACGAAAGCCCCAACGCCCACCAAUGCACCAGUGGAGCAAGAGAGUUUUGGCGGCCUUGUUCGGUGAAAGGGCGGAAGAAUGA